AUGCGUCUUGUGAUUCUCGAUUCGGCCGAAUAUGUGGGCGAUUGGUCGGCGAGGUAUGUGAUGAAGAGGAUCAAUGACUUUCGUCCUGGUCCGGAUAGAUAUUUUGUCCUGGGAUUGCCGACGGGAAGUACGCCAUUGAUAAUGUACAGGAAAUUGAUUGAGUUCCAUCAGGAAGGGAAGAUUUCUUUUAAAUACGUUAAGACUUUCAAUAUGGAUGAAUAUGUGGAUUUGCCAAGGGAUCAUCCGGAAUCCUAUCACUACUACAUGUUCAAUAAUUUCUUCAAACACAUCGACAUUGAUCCUAAGAAUGUUCACAUUCUCGAUGGCAAUGCUCCGGACUUGACUGAGGAGUGUCGGAAAUUUGAGGAUGAAAUCACAGCAGCCGGGGGAGUUGAAUUGUUUAUUGGGGGAAUUGGGCCAGAUGGACAUAUUGCUUUCAACGAGCCAGGGUCGUCUCUGGUGUCCAGGACCAGGGUGAAGACCCUGGCGCAGGAUACUCUGGAAGCCAAUGCCAGAUUUUUCGGGAAUGACAUCAACAAGGUGCCCAAGCAGGCUCUGACCGUGGGCGUGGCCACGGUGAUGGAUGCCAAGGAAGUGAUGAUCCUGGUGACAGGAGCUCACAAGGCUUUUGCCCUGUACAAGGCCAUUGAGGAGGGAGUUAAUCACAUGUGGACUGUGAGCGCCUUCCAGCAGCAUCCCAACACUCUGAUGCUCUGCGACGAGGAUGCAACUCUCGAGCUUCGCGUCAAGACAGUCAAGUACUUCAAGGCAUUGAGUGAUCUUCAUAACAAACUUAUUGCAAAUGAAGGCAGAUAUCGUCGUGGACAGCCGUAGAGGAUUUUAUUGGGUCUCUACAAUGUGCACAAGAAAUUGAUUGAGGACUCGUAGUUUCUGCUGGAAAAGUGGAAAAGGGCAUCAAGAAUGCGAUUUUAGGAGAAUUGUAAAAAAAGUGAGGUCUUUUAAACCCGUUUUUUUUUAAGGUUUUUGUCUUAGAUAAUAGUUUUGUGUUUAUUUUCGCAAUUCCACAGAAAAUAUGGUAUUUUUAUAAUAUAUAUUUUUCAAUAUACCUCUUUAUGUCAUUUUACAAUACUAAUCAAAAAUAGAUUUUUCAAUAAAUCACAAAAAGAUAUCUUUAACAUUGAGAUAA